CUAUUUCGAAAAGUAGAAGUCAGUGACUGGGGAAAUUUUCAGUUUUACAGCAGCUGUUGGAACAGGACAUUUUCUUUACUUCUUUUUGCAAGACUAAAAAAAAAACCCAGCAUGUCUCUGGAGGUGAAGGAGAAAACCCAGGUGCGUUUAGUGUUUCUGGGGGCAGCAGGAGUGGGCAAGACAGCCCUGAUCCAACGUUUCCUCCAAGACACAUUUGAGCCCAAACACCGGCGCACAGUGGAGGAGAUGCACAGCAAGGAGUACGACAUCGGUGGGGUCAAGAUCACAGUAGAAAUCCUGGACACCAGUGGCAGUUACUCCUUCCCAGCAAUGCGCAAGCUCUCCAUCCAAAACAGCGACGCCUUCGCUCUGGUGUACGCAGUGGAUGACCCAGAGUCACUGGAGGCUGUCAAGAGCCUCCGAGAUGAGAUUUUGGAGAUCAAGGAGGACAAGUACACACCAAUCGUGGUGGUGGGGAACAAGAUGGACCGCGAGAAGGAGCGACAGGUGUCCAACGAGGACGUGCUGUCAACUGUGGAGAUGGAUUGGAACAACAGCUACCUGGAAGCUUCGGCGAAGGAGAACGCCAACGUGGUGGAGGUGUUCAAGGAGCUCCUGCAGCAGGCGAACCUUCCCAGCCGCCUCAGCCCAGCGCUUCGCAGACGCAGGGAGACCUUUCCGAAAGACACCAACUUCCGGCCGCCCAUGAACAAGACUAACAGCUGUAUUCUGUCGUAA